AUGAGUAUUUGGCUUCUGUUUCUAUCGAUUUAUUCAAUUGGUAUUCAUGCAAGUCAUUUCAAUGGUGGUACUAUUACAUGGGCCCCUAUUGAUCCUAAUACUAAUUCAUCUUCAGUCGACAUAACUAUUACACAAAGUUAUUCAUGGAGUUAUCCUACUGUAACUUGUACAACAGAUGUUCCAGUUUCAAGUAGUAAACCUGGUGGAAAUCUUACAUGUGUUGCUAAUUGUACACCAGAUUGUUUUUUUCUGCCUAUAACUCAUUGCUCAAUUCCAUCCAAAGUCGAUUCUAUUCAAGCAGUUAAAAUCGAUGCUAAUAUGGGUCAAUGGAUUAGACCUAUUUUUCCACCUAUAUUUCAAAAUCGAACAUUAAAUUGGUAUCGCGCACAAUUAUUGUUUUAUUUAAUGCGAUAUAACUCUGAAACGUUAGCUCACGUACAGAAAACUAUAGCACAAUCUUUUAAACCACCUUCAAUUGAUCUUCAUCAUCCAUAUAUUGCUGUAUAUGUACGUCGAUCGGAUAAAGUUGAAACUAAGGAAAUGUCUCAAGCAUAUACACUUAAACAAUAUUUUGAUUUAUUUGAUGCUGAUGCUAGACGAGCGAAUAUAAGAACAGUUUAUAUUAAUUCCGAAGAUGAAAAAGUAUUCAAUGAAUUUGCUCAAAUCAAUAAAGAAAAACAAGGCUAUUAUAAAUUAUUAAACAUAACAGUACAAAGAAAUGUUGUUUUUGGAUUAUUAAUUGCUAUGGAUAAGGAGCAACGUGGAAAAAUUAUAUUAGAGUUUCUUAGUGAUUUAUUCAUUGAAGCUAAUGCAGACUUACAUGCUGGUACAUUAUCAUCAAAUUGGUGCCGAUUGGUUGAUGAAAUGCGACUUGCACUUGGAAAAACAAUACAUUUUUAUACACCUGAAAAUAGAUUUGUCAUAGAUAAGCGACGGCGAAAGUGA